GGAAAGUGUUGGAUAAUAGACGGGCUCCACGUGGUGAGAUGAGCAAGAGAAAGAGAGACGGUCCCUCAGUCCCUGAGAGGCUAAAAGAGGAUCCAGAACCCUCAGAGGAGGCCCUAGAGACACACUUUGAUCUAAAAGAUGAAUUAGUUUUGGAUGCUGACGAUGAAGAAAGCGACAAUGAGUCAUUGGAGUGGGAGGAGUCAUCGGAAGAGGUUGAUAAUGAACCAGCUGAAGAGGGUGAGCAUAGUAACCUUGAAGAGGAGAAGGAACAAGUUGAUGAUUAUGAUCCAUGGGAUGAAGCAGAGUAUACUGACACUUCAGAUGAAGAGGAGUUACGUAACACAGUGGGGAACAUCCCGUUGGAGUGGUACGAGGACUAUCCUCACAUUGGGUAUGAUCUUGAUGGGAAAAGGAUCCUCAAGCCACAGCAAGGAGACCAGCUUGAUGAAUUCUUAAAAAGAAUGGAUGAUCCCAAUUAUUGGCGUACAAUUACUGACAGUACAACUGGUAAAGAGACUGUACUGACUGAUGAGGACAUUGAUCUCAUUGAGAACAUUCAGAGAUCACAAUAUCCACAGCCAGGAUUUGAUCCUUAUGAACCAUAUGUUGAUUUAUAUUCGCAUGAGAAGAUGGUCCAUCCUGUCUCUAAUGCCCCUCCUUCCAAGAGAUCAUUCCUUCCUUCUCUAUGGGAGAGGAAGAAACUAGUCAAACUAGUUCGUGGUAUCAAGUUAGGUAUCAUUAAACCAAUCAAGAAACCUGAAAAACCGCAAGUAUACAUGCUCUGGUCAUCAGAAACUGAGAAUGACAAGUUAAGACCCCAUCAGUUCAUCCCGGCCCCUAAGGCAAGAUUACCAGGUCACGGCGAGUCUUACAACCCGCCCCCAGAGUAUUUACCAUCAGAUAAAGAACGACUGGAAUGGGAGGGGUCAAGUGUUAAAGACCGACGUCCUUUUAUACCAACAAAGUAUCCUUCCUUGCGACUAGUUCCUAGAUAUGAGAACUUUGUCAAGGAGAGAUUUGAUCGUUGUCUUGAUUUGUACCUCUGCCCUCGUCAGACGAGAAUGAGAAUUCAAGUGGAGCCUGAGCAGUUGUUGCCACAGUUACCAAAACCAAAGGAUCUUCAACCUUUCCCUACCACAGAAGCAAUUGUUUAUGAAGGUCAUUCUGGUAUGGUGAGGAGUAUUGCUGUUGAAAAUGAGGGACAAUGGCUGGCAUCAGUAUCUACUGAUAACACACUAAGACUUUGGGAGGUUGACACUGGUAAAUGUAUUAAAGUGGUCCCACUCCCUGGAAAACCUUCAUCAGUUGAAUUUAUAACUAACGUUAAGAUGAGUAUUGUCUCUGUUGCCUUUGAUGAUUCCAUAUUACUGAUCAAUCAUGGUCUCACUGAUAAACUUGAUGUCAUUAGCACUGAUGCAGCACUAGUGGCAUCAGGGGAGGGAGAGGAGGAAGAGGGAGAGAGAGGAGGAACAGAGACAAAGCCUAAACCAGUUGAAUGGAGGACAUACACUGUCACUGAUGAGGAGUAUAGCAAUGGAUACAGACUAUCACUCAAGCACUAUAAGACUGUGUCUCAAGUCACUUGGCAUCACAAAGGAGAUUACUUUGCAUCUGUUACUGAAGGAGGCGGGUCUAACACUACUUGUAUUCAUCAGUUAUCUAAAAGACAGUCACAGAAUCCGUUUAAGUCUCUCAAAGGUUCUGUCCAGAAGGUUCUAUUCCAUCCAUCAAAGCCGCUCUUCUUUGUUGCAACUCAAACCUAUGUCAAAGUGUACGAUCUUGUGAAACAGGAACUGGUAAAGAAGCUGACCCCCGGGGUCAAGUGGAUAUCCAGCAUCGACAUACAUCCUAAAGGUGAUAAUAUAAUAAUUGGAAGUUAUGAUAAGAGACUGUGUUGGAUUGAUAUGGAUCUCUCCACUCGUCCGUAUAAAACACUGAGACACCAUCGUCAGGCCAUUAGACAGGUCAUAUACCAUCGUUCCUAUCCGUUGUUUGCUUCUUGCAGUGACGACAACACAGUGAUAGUGUGUCAUGGUAUGGUGUACAGUGACCUAAUGCAGAACCCACUGAUAGUUCCUGUUAAGGUUCUACGAGGACACACCUCAGUUGAUACUUUAGGUGCAUUGAGCUGUGCUUUCCAUCCAAGCCAACCCUGGGUCUUCUCAGCAGGGGCAGAUUCAUUAAUAAAACUAUAUACUUAAUUAUUAUUAUUAUUAUUAUCAUUAUUAUUUGAAACAAAGUAAUUGACAGCACAAACUAUUAAAUUUCA